CUUCCACAUAAUGGGGAAGCAAGGCAACUGGAAGCACCAGCUCGAACAGAUGCUAUAACUGGAUGCAAAACACACACCGCGCAAGAAAAAGAGAAAAAGGAUUUCAUGAAAACAAAACGUAGAUGCAUGUUUUCAAUGCAGGGAUGAGCUGGUUUUACCUGAUAAUAUCCCAAAUUUUAUGCCACUGUCUGUCUAUUUGUGUGUGUGAUGGACUGGCGCUAGACUGGAAAAUCAUUGCUAUAUUCCAUGUGAAUGGAGAUAAGGACAUUACCGCGUGAAUCCCUAAUUACCAGGAUUACAUACUCUACGCAACAAACUUUACCGGGCAUAUAAGUCACUGACAGUUUUGUUUUGGAUGUGAUUCUUGAAUCAGCAAGAAUUAACCCGAUAACUAUCUGUAUCUCCCCUCCAGAUCACUGACUUUUUUUUUCAUUUGGAUAUGAUUCUUGAACCAGGAAGAAUUUACCCAAUAACUAUCUGUCUAACAACAAUCAGAAAGACCUGUUGUUGAAGACCCCCAUUAUGAAAAUGGAGGGUUUCAUGGGCUUUAAGCUGCUGCUGAUUCUGCAAUUAGUCUCCAUAAUGGGUUCCCAUUCCAUGCUGCUAAACGAUUCUUCAAUGUAUGAAAAAGGGGGAUUGGGAUUCAGGGUACAUCUGAAUCGCAGAGACAAUCAUUUGGGUGUUCCAGAUCGAAUCAGAUUUGCAGUGGAGCGAAGCCAGAACCGAAUUGGGAACCUGACAUUGGGCAUCCGAACGCCGGUUCAUGUGGGGAACGGGGAGUUCCUGAUGAGUCUUUCAGUGGGAACACCGGGUGUGAGGAUUAAGGCCAUCAUGGACACAGGAAGUGAUCUGAUUUGGACCCAAUGCAAGCCCUGCAAGCCCUGCAUGAGGCAGAGAGCGCCCCCUUUUGAUCCCCGGAAAUCAAUCACCUACAAACGCCUUUCCUGCAACGACAGGUUCUGCCAGGAAAUGGAGCCUCUGAGACUCAGAUGCCUGAGAGGCUGCCAAUACACUUAUUCAUAUGCAGAUGCAACUUAUACCGCUGGUGAUCUGGCCUAUGAGACAUUCACCAUUGGGAGGCGUGCAAAAGCCCGGGAGAUUGUAUUUGGGUGUGGUUAUAGGAACCAGGGCAAAUAUCAUGGCAAUAAUGGGCUUGUUGGAUUGGGAAGAGGCCCUCUGUCACUGAUUUCCCAAUUGGGUCCCAAGAUCUCCUACAAAUUCUCCUAUUGCCUGCUACCCAUUAGCUCUCCCCAUAGCCAAACCAGCCCGAUGUUUUUCGGGCAUGCAGCUGACUUCAGGGGAGGCCAGACUCUGAGCUUGGUACAGAACAAGAGGAAUCCUUCCCUCUGGUACAUUCCCAUGACUGGUGUAAGCGUCUCAGGUGAGGCCCUGCAGGUUACAUCGAGGGCUUUUAGGGUUAAACGUAGUGGCAGUGGAGGGGUGAUCAUUGAUAGUGGGACAACCCUAACUUACUUUGUCAGGUCUGUUUACAGGCCACUGAGGAAAGCCAUUAGAAAGGCUGUGGGAUUGAAGCCUGUGAAGGAAGUACCUGUGUCCCUGGAUUUGUGCUAUGGAGCAAGGCCUAAAAGGUGGCCCUCAGUUACUUUCCAUUUCCAGGGAGGCAUAGAUAUGAAUCUUCCUGUAGGGAACUAUUUUAUUGAGGCGGGUCCUGAUCUGUGGUGCCUUGCUUUUGCUGAAAGUGGGUCUUUUUCUGUGUUGGGUAACUUCGCACAGCAGAACUUCCAUUUUCUUUUUGACCAUGCCAGGAAUGAAGUCUCCUUCAAGCCGGAAAAUUGUAGCUCUUUGUAACGCUAUCAUCACUGGAUGGUGAUGAUUUAAUCUCUGCUAAUUGAUGAUGUCUUCAAUGCAAAUUUCAGUACAAGGUUUGUUUUUUAUCACAGACAAGUAUGGAUUUUAGAAUCUAUGGCGGUCAAGCAUUUUGUUCGUAGACAGCUAACGAGAAUUGCCUUUUCAAACUUGGUAUUUUUGUAAACUCCUAAGCAUAACCUGCAAAAUUGGGCCUUCAAUCUUAGAUCUGAAAUCUUGGGUGACAUAGAAGCUUGUUCUGUAUUAUGAUAUCAACAUCAACGAAGGUGAUAGGUUGAUGUAUACUUGUAAACGAGAACAGUUACUUUCAUCAUAAUGACAAAAUUCUUUUUGUUU